AUGGUCGCGCUCCUGCUCUCAACAGCCAUCACGCACGUGGCGCUCCACCGCUCGCCGCCGCCGCUGCACUGCCGCUCCGAUCUGAGCCAUCACGCUCCGCCAGCCGUCGCGUCCGAGCGGAGCCGGCGCGCUCCACCAGCCGUCGCGUCCGAGCUGAGCCGGCGGGCCUUUGCGCUCGGCGCGGCGGCGCUCGCCGGCGGCGUGGUGCCCGGCUCCGCUUGCGCCGCUGUGGACCGUUCGACGCCCAUCUCGGCGCUGCAGCAGCAGGAGCGGACCGUCGAGGACCUCUUCACGCGAGCGACAGAGAGCGUCGUCUACAUCAACACGUUCGUGGCUCGCACCGACAGGCUGACGAUGAAUGCGGUCGACGUGCCGGCGGGCACGGGCUCGGGCUUUGUGUGGGACGACGCCGGUCACAUCGUGACCAAUUACCACGUCAUCAGAGGUGCGAGCCAGGCGAAGGUUGGCGUCGUGGACGGGCGAGGAAGCACAAAGAUGUUUGGCGCGACGCUGGUCGGGUACAACCCGGACAAGGACGUGGCCGUGCUCAAGAUUGAGCCCUCCGCCGCGCUGCGCCCGAUCGACAUCGGCUCCUCCUCCGCUCUGCGGGUCGGCUCCACCACCCUCGCCAUCGGCAACCCGUUCGGGCUCGACCACACCCUCACCGUGGGCGUCGUCACCUCUCCGUCGGGCCGCCCCAUCUCGAACGUGAUCCAGACGGACGCGGCGAUCAACCCAGGCAACUCUGGCGGCGCGCUCCUCGACUCGUCCGGCCGGCUGAUAGGGAUGAACACCGCAAUCUACUCGCCGUCGGGCGCGAGCGCAGGCAUCGGUUUCGCCAUCCCCGCCGACACGCUCAAGCAGCAGGUGGCGACCAUCCUGCGCUACGGCAAGGUCCUCCGCCCUGCAAUCGGCAUCUCCUUCCUCGAGGCGGCGCAGGCGCGCGCGCUCGGCGUCGCGCGCGGCGUGCUCGUCCUCGGCGUGCCCGACAACUCGGCCGCAGCAAAGGCGGGCCUCAGACCAACCUUCCGCCUCGCCGACGGGACGGUCAGCCUCGGCGACGUCAUCGUGCAGAUCGACGCGGCGCCCGUGCGGAACGAGGCGGACUUGUUCCGCGCCCUCGACAGCUACCAGCCCGGCCAAAAGGUGACGCUCACCGUCGAGCGGCUCAAGCAGCAGGGCGGCGCGCUCGAGGAGCUGCAAAUCUCGCUGCCGCUCCAGGCGAUCGAGGCGGUCUGA